CUACCAAUCCCAAUCCUACAUCCUUCAUAUAUGCGAUAAAAUAUGAAAUGAUUUGCGACGAACGCUAUACCAGAUUUGUGUUCAGCUUUGACUACCAUGAAAGGAGAAGCUGAUCACGAUGGCCUCUGAUUGAUUCCACUAACUCGACCGGGUGAGGCCUACGCGCCUAACGCAUGCGAUCGCAAUAGUUCGAGAAACGUGGCAUUCAAAUCAAACGCCGACUUGCCUUUUGUCACAUCUCCUGCCGUAUCCCAACCGUUUCUUCUCCUUUUCAUAGCCCCCGCCACCGGUGAAACGACCUUCGCAAGCGCCUGCGAUUCGGGCGCUACCUGAUCGCUCCUUCCCCCAUGUGCAAGUCCAAGGGCGCCACUCUUGCCUCCGAGCCCAGGCCGCGGUCGAGUUCUCGAUCGUCCUCCACCGUCGCCACCUCGUCCGGCGGUUUUCCUACCGGCUCCAGUAGCGAGCCUCGCCUCGCCGGCGCCACUGCUGCUGUCUCUUUCAUCUCGUUCCCCUCCUCCGCCUCCAAGGUUUCCUCCUCCUCGGACUGCAGCCUCCCCUCCCUCAGCAAGGCCCUCCGUGAGGCCCCCGUCUUCUACACCUUCCCCGAGCUUCUCUCCGCCACCGGUAACUUCCAUUCCGACCGCCUCCCUGGCGCCAAAGCCGGAUGGCGCUGCUGCCUCCGCGGAAAGGACGUCGUAGUCUUCCAGCACCGGUUCCGCGGCCCCGACCCAACCAAUCUCCCCGCCCGCCUCGCUGCCCUCGCUAAGUCCCACCACUCCAGCCUCGUUCGCCUCCUCGGCGCCUCCCUUGCAGGCGACCUCGUCUACCUCGUCCACGAGUUUACCCCCGGCGCCAGCCUACUCGACUGCCUUCGCAACCCGAGGAACCGUAAGUUCACCCCGCUGUCCACCUGGAUCUCCAGGAUGCAGGUUGCGUCCGACAUCGCGCACGGCCUCGAGUACAUCCACCUCCACUCCUCCGUCCACAACCGGCUCAAGAGCUCCUCCGUCAUCGUUACCGAGCCCGGUUUCCGCGCAAGGAUCUGCCACUUCGGCGCCGCCGAUCUCGCUGGUGAGACCUCCGCCGCCGCCGAAGAGGACGGUGACGCCGACUCGAUCCGCUCGCUGGUGGGGGGCAGGAAUAUAGGCAGCCGCCGGAGGCGGAUCGAGGGGUCCAGGGGAUACAUGACGCCGGAACAGCUCGCCGGCGGGACAAUCUCGCGGCGGUCCGACGUGUUCGCCUACGGGGUCAUCCUCCUGGAGCUCAUCUCCGGCGAGGAGCCGCUCAAUUACAGCUACGGUGGCGAGGCCGGGAGCGGGAGCGACUACGUUCGGGUAUCCCAGCGAGUGUCCCUUAUCGAUGCGGCAAGGAAGGUGAUCGGUGCGAGGAAGGAGGGGGACCGACAGGGCGACGUGAGGCGGUGGGUGGACCGGAGGCUACGGGACUCGUACCCAGUAGAGGCGGCGGAGGCGCUGCUCCGGUUGGCGCUGCAGUGCGUGGAGGAGGCUGCGGCGCGGCCGGACAUGACAUGGGUCGCCGGGAGGGUCUCGAAGCUGUACCUGGAUUCGGAAGCGUGGGCGGAGGCCGUCAAGCCCGCCACCGAGAUCUCCGUGUCAAUUGGCCCGCGGUGAGCGUAAACGGCGGCGAUGACGUGACGUAAGAGACCGCUUGCUUAUUUACAUCAUAGUUAUCCUUUUGUUAUAUCGUGACGUGAUGUAAGUGACGUAAGUGACGUGACAAUUACGCGACGUGACGUAAGUGACCGCUCGCUUAUUUAUAUCGUAAUUGCACCGAGAUCUCCUUUUGUUAA